AUGAGCGCUGGUUUCAUAUUAGCAGGAAUAUUAUAUCCUGGAGAUAACCUGUCUAUCCAUCAUAAUCAUAUUUACUUUUCUAUAGGCAAUGGCGUCGCUGCUGAGCAGCAUUUAUUAAAUGCGAAACUAGCAUUGCGUAAACAACUUGAACAAACUUUAUUACAAAUUCCAACGCCUAAACCGUCCACAUGUGAUUUAACAUUUAUUCCUGGUGUCAAUGGUUGGUCUGAAUUUCUCGCUUACCUUGGUCUUGAACAAGCAAUUAAUACUUACUCAGAUAUUGUCAUACGUCGUGCUCCACCAGACAUCUCGAUAGCUCUACCACACGUGUGCGCCCAAUGUGGUACAGACUGGACUGUAACCUGGCAUGAGAUGUCAUCGACUAGUGAUACGAAUUCUGAUGAGAAAAUUCUUUGUGAUCGUUGUUCGAAAACAUCACAGAAAAAACUACUGAAACAAGAUCAUUCGAAUCGUUUACGCCAAGCAUUUAUCAAAGCGUUACAACAAGAAAAAGAGCUCGAUGCCAAAUUUCAACAUCAAUCACCUCCGUCAACGACAUCCACUACGUCCAAUUCAAAUUCGUCAACAGCCAUCAAACAAUCAUCAUCGUCGUCGUCGUCAACAUCAUUAUCUCAUCAACAUAGUAAACAUGGCCAUCAUCAAAGUAGUAAACAUUUGAAUAAGCCACAAUCGACGAAAACAAGUUCAAAUCAUCACCAUCACCAUCAUCAUAAUAAUAAUAGUACAUCAAAUAAUAAUCAUCAUCAACAUUCUCACUCGCACCAUCAUCAUAGUGGAAAAAGUCAUAGUAGUUCAUCGAAAGGUCAUAGUACUAAUCUUGCGAAUAUUCCAGCGUUGACACCAUCGCACGCUGAAACACUAGCGUCAACAUUAGCUGCGCUGCAAUCACCUGAACAAAUGGAAUUUUUUCAAAAACACUUUCUAUCCAAUAUGCUUCCAUACGCCGUUGCCAAUCAAGCCGCAGCGCUUGCAGCCAAAUCAACUCAUCAACAACAACAACAAGCAGCAUUAGCUGCAUUGCCCGCUAUGGCUGCUUCACUUAUGCGACAACCCAAUCCCGCUCAAUAUUUACUUGAUAUGAUCCCACAAGCAGCUAAACAGCAACACCACCAUCAUCAUUCGAAAUGA